AUGGUGCCCUCCCUGUUUUCCUCUCCCUUUCCCCCUGUCCUCCUCUCCCUUUCCCCCUGUCCUCCUCUCCCUUUCCCCCUGUCCUCCUCUCCCUUUCCCCCUGUCCUCCUCUCCCUUUCCCCCUGUCCUCCUCUCCCUUUCCCCCUGUCCUCCUCUCCCUUUCCCCCUGUCCUCCUCUCCCUUUCCCCCUGUCCUCCUCUCCCUUUCCCCCUGUCCUCCUCUCCAUUUCCCCCUGUCCUCCUCUCCCUUUCCCCCUGUCCUCCUCUCCCUUUCCCCCUGUCCUCCUCUCCCUUUCCCCCUGUCCUCCUCUCCCUUUCCCCCUGUCCUUCUCUCCCUUUCCCCCUGUCCUCUCCAUUUCCCCCUGUCCUCCUCUCCAUUUCCCCCUGUCCUUCUCUCCCUUUCCCCCUGUCCUCCUCUCCCUUUCCCCCUGUCCUUCUCUCCCUUUCCCCCUGUCCUCCUCUCCCUUUCCCCCUGUCCUUCUCUCCCUUUCCCCCUGUCCUCCUCUCCAUUUCCCCCUGUCCUCCUCUCCCUUACCCCCUGUCCUCCUCUCCAUUUCCCUCUGUCCUCCUCUCCCUUUCCCCCUGUCCUCCUCUCCCUUUCCCCCUGUCCUCCUCUCCCUUUCCCCCUAUCCUCCUCUCCCUUUCCCCCUGUCCUCCUCUCCCUUUCCCCCUGUCCUCCUCUCCAUUUCCCCCUGUCCUCCUCUCCAUUUCCCCCUGUCAUCCUCUCCCUUUCCCCCUGUCCUCCUCUCCCUUUCCCCCAGUCCUCUCUAUUUCCCCCUGUCCUUCUCUCCCUUUCCCCCUGUCCUUCUCUCCCUUUCCCCCUGUCCUUCCCUCCCACCUUUCCCCCCCCUCUCUCACAUCCCUUCCCUUUCCUACUGUCCUCUCCCACCAUUCACGCUUCUCUCAGCCAUCCCUUUCCCCCCUCCCCUGCCCCUCGCCUUCCCCCACUACCGUCCCUUCCCUUUCCACUACGUUCUCUCGUUCAAUUCAGCCAACAGUACCAGCUUUGCUUGGCCACUGA